AUGCUUGAUAUCUUAGACCCGUGGGGCCAAGAGUGGGGGCCGGGAGUAAGCACUACAAGCACUCCAGGGCUAGCUAUCUACAAGCCAGUCUGGCCCCCAUUCAGCACAGCCAACCAUCUGUGUACAGCCUCGUCAGCUUCUGCAGAUCUCAAUUGUGACUUCUUCUUUAAUCAGUCAGUCAAAGUUUCUAUUAUCCAGAUUCUCCAUCUCAAACAUACUUUCAAUCUACCCAAAAACACUACUUUCUUUGAUUACCUACAAGACCUCCCUAUGGGAAAAGAGAACUUCAUCCGACAAAUCGAAAACUCCUUUGAGUUCAAACUCCUCGACAAAGUAGUCAAGGAAGAAGUCACAGCACAAGAUGCAGUCCAAGACGUCAUCAACAUGACCAUGAGUGCAUUGUCCAUUCAUGGUCCAAACAAACUAGGCGGGAUCGGUCUCCCAGACUACAACGUCUCUCUUGCGGUAAUGGAGCUUGCUAACCGCCUGGAGCCAUCCAAACAAACCAAGCUUGUCGAAUUUAUAUCUCAUCUUCAGAAGCAAGUUGCCGUUGAUCCAUCUACGAACGAACCGCUGAGGGUCCAGGGUGAUACCCUCUGGACAGACAUGCCGUCAUUUGGCUACACGGAGCUUGAGACGUGGUACGAGUUUGGUGGCGAUUACAAAGAUCCAUGUGAUGCAAUGCUGGAUUCUAAGCAACGAGACCGCUGGGCGAAUCUCAACGCUUUCCUCGCGCAGCUGACUCAGGCUGCAGACAUUCACUAUAGACCUCCCAAGGAAGAAGUGCAAUUCUGUCCCCUGGACAAAUCACUACGGGCCAUCUGGACCAUGGCGAUGGCACUUGAGAACGAGCGCCCUCCCGCGUCGCUGGAAGAUACAGCGGCAAUGGAGGCCGCUUGCCAGUGGUUCAUCUACGCUGCGGAGCGGCUGUGGGCGAAUGUGCUCAAUAAUCGCACGUAUCCUGAGGCGGCUGGCGCUGGGCCGGGGAAGAGGUAUGAAGAGGAGGGCUGGCCGGGCUAUACGCGGGAGCGAUGGGGAAUCUGGGAGGAUGGGCUGAGGGAGGCUAGGGCUGCAUGCGAAGAUGAGCGGAUGUGGAAGCUGAUUGAUGAUGCUUUGGCGAGUCUGAGAAGGGGGAUGGUGGAUGAUUAG